CUUGCAGCUUGCCUUGCGCUUCGCUCCACCAAGCCCCUGCGACCCACUCGACGAGGGUGACCGUUUACUCCGGGAACUUGAAGAGCUGACGUCACAGCUACUCUUCCUUGUUGUUCUCUCCGUGCCUCGGCUGUGUGAGAGACCUGCAGCUACGUUUACUCGGCGAGUAAGCGACUCCACAUCCGAGUAAGGCAGCCGCCAGAGCCGUCGACGGCCUUCGAGUUCCAGGUUGUAGAGCACCGCCAACCCCUUCCGAGAGAGAUGUCCCAGGUUCCGGGUUUUGGCAAGAGGAUCGGCAACGCGCAACGGCUCGCCAUAGCAGGAGCGCGCAAAGAAUUCGGCAUGCACGUUACCUACAACGAACCAUUCAAUGCGGAAGCGAAGGAUUUCAGAGUCGAGUUCAAGAAUAAAUUUGUGAAGGAUUCAAAGAUCACUAUUGUCCUUGAGGUUUUAACCAACAAAUAUAUGGAGAUUUGUUACGAAGCGCUCGAGGACAGCAACAAGUACUUCUACGUGCGUCAAGAGCCGUUAGAUGGAAAGCUAUACGUGGGCAGCAAGCACCUGCAGUACAGCAACCAUCACCGUUACGACCUGCCUCUGAAGAGGGCGGUGACCGUUAUCAGGGGCAGAAUUUACGUCAUCCAGCUGGAGUGGAAGUCCGACGACAAAAUCGAGUUUUACUUGGACGGGGAGGCCUUUCUCAGUUCAAGACCCGCUGGGAGUAUUCUCAAGGACUGCGCGCGCCUGGUGCCCGGUGAGGAGUUUGUAGGUGACACCACCAAGAAGAUGCGCGGCUUCAAAGUCUACGAAGUGCACCACACUUCGUACAAAAAGAUGACCCUGACAGAACCGAACCACAGCUACACACUUCCUGCACAGUACAUCGUGGGAUUCGGUGGCCUCAUACGGUUCACAGGGACGUGCCGUAUGCGUGAGAAGAGCACGGGAGAGAUCAAAGUAUAUUACGGCGGCCAGGUUGCUGCCACACUGGGGGGCUUGCAGAAGGACCAGGAGAUGAUGGUCGUGAUCCACUUCCACGCCGACAGAAUGGCCAUCUCGUUACUGGGCGCGCCAGUUCCGAAGUCGGCGAUUGUGAUAUCCUUGACCAGAUCCUCAGCCGACCCAAUGAUCAAGGAUAUCAAAGUUACCCGAAACCUGCAGACGCACACCGUGGAAGUCUACACCGGCCUUUCAUCAGCCCCGUGAGACAAGUGUUGGGGCCGGGACUCGCACGACACCGUUCGGACGCUGCGGAGACGUUCGCCUCGACCGUAUACACGCGCCUCCGAAGCAGAGAACGAACGGUGUUCAAU